AUGUACGGAAAUCAUAACGCACCGGAUAAUACAGCCGAAAGACAUUUCACCAAUCCUCAUAGUAUACCAAACAACAAUGAGGGCUGUAAUGAACCACUCGUAUCUAGCAGCAGUACAUCUGUCGAAGAUAAGAAGUCAGCGAGAGUGUGGAUAGCUCCAGUUACAACAAAGUCUACCCGCGAUUUGAAUCCGUCUGGCGGAGGCGCAGGGACUCCACGGUCGCUUCAUCAGCCUCUCAGCGUACUCAAGUCUUGGGCGUUGGAGAUAUUUUCGCUGCUUAUAAGCGCACUUUCGAUCGGUGCUAUGAUUGUUAUUCUGUCUCGCCAAAACAAGAAACCGAUUACGGACUGGCGAUUUGCAUUGACGCUUAACACGGUCAUUUCAACCCUGGGCACGACUUCAAGAACCACUCUGGCAUUUGCUUUGAGCGCCUGUAUAGGACAGCAGAAGUGGAAUUGGCUUUAUAGGAAGCCAGACACGAUUCGUAGCUUUGAAAGAUUUGAUGGAGCAAGUCGGGGGCCGUGGGGAAGCAGCAAAUUAUUGUUCUGGCUUCGCUUCCGACAUUGGGCCGCACUUGGUGCUCUGAUGACAGUCGGUACGGUUGCGUUCGAUCCUUUUCUCCAAGCCAUCCUAUCCACCUAUGGACAACUUGACAACGCAAGCGCAAAUCCCGCUGCUACAAUAGGGCAAACAUUGAAAAUGGAAGGUGGAUCUAUCAUAGAAUUCUCAGCUGGUCCUAUAGGGUGGGAAAACACGUCAUCAGGAAUGGUUUCAUACACUGCCAGCCAGAGUCGACCAGACUUUGGAAUUGUAAGCUCCAUCUACAGCGGAUUCCAGGACGCCACUCCGAUCCCUGUGGCUUUCACAUGUCCAACAGGUAAUUGCACCUGGCCAAUCUUUGUCUCUGCAGCUGUCUGCAGCUCAUGCCAGGACGUUUCUUCGGCGCUUACCUUUACGUCAAAAACUGGAAAAAAUGGGACCAACGUUCCUAUGCCUAACAACAUAGACAUAGAGGCCCCGUACUCCGUAUUUUCUCUACCAGAGUCAGAAAUCAGGAACUGGAAUUUAGGGAUAGAUGUGAAGGACGGAGACUGGUACAAAUACGCGACAGCAGCAACGACAUCGCGAACAUUCAUGACAGUGAAGAUUCUUUACAACGCCCGUCAUUCCCUUCGUUACAAAAGUUUGCAAACUCUCUUGAUGGCGUUCCAGGUGAUCAAGGCUCCGGAAGAAUGGCUCAGUGCCAAGGUAUCCUGGGAAUCGUCACACCCUGUUGCAACCGAGUGCGCACUAUACCUUUGUGCAAACGCAUAUCAGACAAAGAGUGAGAACAGCAUACUUCACGAGCACGUUGUAACAUCAUGGGCUAUCAAAAACCCUGACUCCAACAAGAUAAUACGACCCCUCAAACCAGGCCAAGAAGACGACAUUGAUGCUGACGGAUAUGAUCUGUAUAACCCUUCAGUUAAUCUUGAAAGGCAUGACCUUUUGUUGGAUAUCCCGCAGGACCAAGGCAUCGCAACUGAUGUCCAGCAUGUCAAUAUAUCACAUACAAUGAUCAGGAGCACGAUUGACUACUUGAAAGCUUUCACCAGUUAUACUCGGCGAGAUAGUAAAACGCCAGCAUCGCUCAUUGUAUUUCCAUACCCAGAUUCACCGCCUUUUGUCGACGCUCUGUGGGAUUCCGAGAGCCUCAAUAAAACAUUCCAAAACGUAGCCAGUAGCCUGACGAACCAGAUUCGAAACACGUCGCCCAAAAGACAUAACGGCACCGUCAAGGAGUGGGUUAUACAUGUGCAUGUGGACUGGGCAUAUAUGGCUUUCCCAGCAACUAUCCUCGUAUUUGGUACCCUGUACGUGAUCCUCAUCAUAUUUGAGUCCUCACGCUUGAAGUUGCCAGUAUGGAAGGAGAGUGCAAUUCCGACAUUACUCAAUGGAUUCGAUGAUGAAACUCAGAAGCGUUUGAGAGAUUUUGAGGGUGAACAGGGAAAGAAAUUUGAUGUGCGUGUUAGAUACAUGUUGGAUGAACAACAAGAUUACCUUAGAUUAGGCACCAACUAAAUGUUGUUAAUACAACUCCUAGCUAACAUAAGGCAUGAUUCAAAAUAUCAUCUAUACUUAGUUUACUUAUAUCACUUUUAUCUAAUAUAUUCAU